UGGCACAGCUUCACGCGUAAAGGCGCAUCUGUGUUGAGAGAAGCGAAUGGAUCUGAUUAACGCGGGAAUAUCGCAACAACUGCGACGGGAGAAAUGAAAUGCGCUGCGGCUGUGCGUCUCAAGUUCACACGAGGAAUUUACUUGAAUUUGUGACCCUGGGCGCAGGAUGCCCCUUUCGCUCUUCCGGAGGAAAGAUGUGCGGCGCUCACAAGUAAACAGUAGACUGAUCCGACGCCAGCUCGGAGAGCCCUGAUGUCUUCAUUUGGUUUUUGGCAUUCGGUGAUGGUGGAUUUCUCUCAAAUUACCUGCACGGAGCUCAGCAGCAUCCGGUUAUCGCGCGACUCCGUGCGCAUAGACAAGACUUCUCUGUAGAGACAGAAACACACAAACACGACAGACUUCACUUGGAUACUGUGGAUAAAUGGAUGAGGAACGGCUAUAUUUUUGGGGGAACCCCUCACGGAUACAGUCACGCUGAAGCUUUUUGGAUCCUUCAAUGCCACCCGAGCCAUCUGGAACUGCGUUUAUAUGUGAACUGCAGGUCUGCAUGGGCCCAAUUUAAGCUCCUUCCAUAGGAACUGAGUCUAAAAUGAAGUUAUGGGAUGUUCUAGCUACGUGUUUGUUGCUCCUGAGCUCCAUAUCCGCUCGCCCUCUUUUCAACAAGCUGCAGCCUUCCAAGAGUGCUCCUCAAGCCGAGCGUCGCAGUGAGCUGCUCGUCCUAGAUCCGGUCAUAAACUCACAUCUCGAAACAGCCAGCCUGAAACAAGCCUCCAUGGAAGAACAAUAUGACAUCAAUGGACUGCACCCAGACCAGUUUGAUGAUGUAAUGGACUUCAUUGCAGCAACCAUUGGCAGACUGCGGCGGUCUCCUGAGAUGGACUCUGAGGGCAAGGGGAAAGAAAAAGGGAGGCAAAGAGGAGCAGCAAACACAGAGAGAGGAGCGAGAGGACGAGGAGAGAGGAAGCGAGGUCGAGGACGAGGCGGAGGCAGAGGGGGUAAAGGGAAUCGGGAUGAACUGAUCAAAGGUCAAGGGCGCGGGUGCCUUCUUAAAGAGAUCCACCUCAACGUGACGGACCUGGGGUUAGGUUACCAGACCAAAGAGGAGUUGAUAUUUAGGUACUGCAGUGGUCCCUGUUACGAUUCGGAGACCAACUAUGACAAGAUCCUGAACAACCUCACCCAAAACAAGAAGCUUGACAAAGAGUCGCCUUCUCAGACCUGUUGUCGACCCAUAGCGUUCGACGACGACCUCUCGUUCUUGGAUGACAGUUUGGAGUACCACACUCUCAAGAAGCAUUCCGCCAAGAAGUGCGCCUGCGUCUGAUUUGUGCGCUUGGACAAGCGAAAAGACACUUGGACAAAAUACAGAAGUCUCGCACUCCAGAGGGCUCGAAGCCAGUGCAGAGAUAAAUGCUGCUUCUCAGAGGAAAAGUGCAGGUCUCGAGUGUGUCAUUGUUUAUUCUGCACAGAGGUGCAUGAAUAGAAUUGAAGGAGUAAGAUUUAAUUUAAAAAAAAAAAUAAAUAAAAAAUUUCAGGAAAAGUACUUCAACAACAGGAGCAACACCUCAGUAUUCACUGUUACAAAACCAUGUCAGAGUAUUCUAAGCAGGGAUUGAAAUGUAAAUGCUGUCUAAGAGGCAACAAUAACACACUCCAUCAGCAAGUCACAGAGAAAUCGCAACCUGACAGUCAGGGUAUAUACAAACUAUAACUUCAGCUGUGUGGAACUGCUAGAGAUGGGGGCAAGGGGUGUCUGCAUGAAGGAGGCUAUGGACAGCACAGAACUGUGGAUCUUUAUCUGAAGCCCUUCUGAAGAAAUAGCUGAAGAUGCCUGUGCGGACAAGGCAGAGCACCACAGCAGCCAGAACAGACUCAUCACAAAAAUGUUUAAUAUUCAGAAAAUUAUCUAUAUAUAUAUAGUCUAUAUGGAAAAAUGUAUUUAUUGAAAUUUAAUUAACUUAUUGUUAUUUAUUGCAAUCCAUUGUAUUAGAGUGUUUUUCCUUAUUUAUUUGUGAAGCUUUUUUCCCCCCUCUUCACCUUGGAUGGUGCCAAAGUGGAGCAUGGGUUUUUUUAAGAAAAAGCAGAUGAUGUGAUAAUCACAUAUUCUCACAGUUUAUCUGGGCUGGACUUACUCAUUUUAGGACAUUAGUACAUUAGUGUCUCUAGCCACUUUUUGGUUUAAAGAAAACGUCUGGUCCAAACAACAACAAAAAACUUAAAGGCAAGUGGACCAAUUAUGCUUUGGGAAAAAAAAAACACAGAAAAACUGACAUCUUAGUUUGUAAUACAGACACAUCCAACACCUCACUAUAUCUGGCACCACUGGAAAAAAUAUCGUCUAAAUUAGAAAAAAAAAAAAUGCUAGGUCUGUGGUAGACCAGUAUCGUGUUUACUCAAUCAGAGCAGUUUGGGGGAAAAAACGUUAACAUCAGUCCUCCAAAUGCUCUCUCAACCAAUUAUCUGUUUGCAAGAAAAUACAGCCCUUGCCCAGUGUUUAUUUUCAACCAUAAUAAAGUCACUACAGCAAAGGUUUCUAGCACAACUGGGCUGUGCCCCAUGGAGACGCAUCAUCACAAAUAGAAAACAUCCUUUUUAGUUGAAAGUUGUAAUCCACGUCCCAUUAGACAGAAAGGUGUAGAUGUGACGGAGGUCCCUGGGGUACCUCAAAAACUCUUCCAGUAGAUUCUGUGCUAAAAUUUUGUUCCACUGUUAAAUCUGGCCUCUCCGUAGUGUUUCAAACCAAGAUUUUGUCUCAGGUAAACGUUAACAAACCUCAUUCAAAGAAAUGUGAGCCAUCCAACCACAUGCCCUAAAAAAAGCAGGACAGGCGCAGUACAAAAUCCAGACCCAAACUUAGACACAAACACUGAAACGAGGCUUUCAUGAAGAGUCACACACACACACACACACACACACUAACAGAAACAGCUGGUGAUGUGUAUGUCAUGGGAUGAGAGAACUGAUUUUGGUCUCGAUACUGUAGCUCGCUGCCACAUGGAAAGGCCCUAUGGGAACGGCACAAUAUUUCCAGAGCAAUAAUUACAGAGCGAAACCAGGUCUCGUGCAAACAACAAACACAGAGCUCGAAAAAUCCACACAAUUCAGAUGUUCUGCUCAACAUGUAAUCCAAACAUAAUCUCCUCAAAUCACAAGUCAUCUCCUUUUACCUGCUCAAUCCUGAUUAGCUAAUUAUGAGGGAAAUGAUACAGUCUGCCCCGUGGCUCCAUCCUCAAACACGUACCUGUGUCUAUGUCGUGUCCUGGUGUAAUCCUCUGUCCUGGUGUACGACGCUUUGUUCAACUGUAUUGUUGUGAUGAAGUUUGUGGAAAAAAAAUAAUAAUAAUAACUGUACACAUGCAAAUUACCAUUUUUAAAAAAUGUGGUGAAAACAAUUUGCAGUAAGAUUAUAAGGGGAAAGUUGACUGUAAGAAUUCCACCCUGCAUUGUGAGAAAAAAAAACAAACAAACUUGUCUUACUUGUUUUGUGUUACUAAACCAAAGCUCUCUACAGACUUUAUUUUUGUACAAUAUUCAUUUUAUAACUUUUUACAGAAUAAAAC